CGAAAGGCAAGCCCGAUGUGAUGACUCAUCACAUAUUUCGAAGCUCCAGGCCGGUACAGCCCUGAUAGCAACCCUUCAAAGCAGGCUCUCGCGUCCUCCAAGUCGUGAAUGUCUGAACAUGUUGACCGGGAACUGGGAAUAUGAAGAGCCCGAAGGGGCUCGAUGAACGAACUUAUCCCAAAUCCUCUUCGUAGCUUGCUCUCUUACUCGAUGGAAUACCCUGUUGGUCUGCCCGCGCAGUCUCCCCUGCUGACUAUCACUCAUCCCAAGGACACGCUUUGGGUUAUUGAAUUGCACAAUGGGGCCGACAACCGCUUGACUCCCGACUUUGUGCAAUUGGCCAUCAAGCCUGCAUUGGAUGUUGUCGAACGUCAUUGGCGGGAACAGUGGCGCGCCGUACCCAAUGACGCCAAGGACAAAUCGGGAGGGAAUGGUGCACUUGUGAUAGUCGGAGGCAGGAACCAGGACAAGUUCUUCAGUAACGGUCUGAAUUUGUCCUUGGUGCCGCUCAACGGCAUCUUUUUUUCAGUUCCCACUAUCGCAGCUAUUAACGGACACUGCUUCGCUGGCGGAUUCAUGCUCAGCCUCGCUUGUGAUUAUCGCGUAAUGACUGAUGGGAGCCAACGGAAUGCAUGGGUGUGCAUGAAUGAGGUCGACUUUGGUGCACCAUGGCCUCACUCAUUCGCAGGAGUGCUAAAUGCCAAGAUCUGUGACGGACCGACGAGGCGCAAGAUUGCUCUGGAGGGCCAUCGUUUCACUCCGCCUGAAGCGCUUAAAGCCGGCAUCGUGGAUCAAAUCGUGACUGGCAACACUGCUGCGAUCUUGGAAGCCGCGGAACAGCUGGGAUUGAAGGUUGGCGUCAAAGCACAAGGCGGUGUGUGGGGAUUGAUCAAAAACGAUAUAUACUACGAUGCAUUGGAAGGCUUGAAGAAGGAUCCGAGAGAGAUUAGUCCGUUGGUUGACGACCUUGCUGCAAAGGCGAGAUUGUAGAUCAGCGUCUUCAAAGAGAUUACAUAGACUUUGCCAGUCGAUCUGUCUGUCCUUGACACGAAAUCAUACUUUCCAGAAACAAGACAUGACGAGGGGCAAGGUGGACACCCGAUCUCG